ACUACGAGCCUAUCCGUGUAUGAAUGAUACAAUGUAUAGAGAUAUACAGGGAGGACAUAGACUAUAGUUAUAUAGAGUGGCUCCUGUCCGGACAUGUCGGUGUAGUCGGUGUCCCCGGGCGGUAUACACAGUAGGUGCAGCACACACCCCCCCAUAGAGACACACAGGUCACACAUACGGGUCACACGCCGUGUCCGGACACUUCACAUUCUUCCCUCAGUGAGAGUUGUGUGGUCCCUCCCCCUCCCUCCUCCUCCUCACUUCUUCUCCUCACUCUGCCAUGACACCGAGCCGGAGCCCUCACCCUCUCCUCCCCGUGAUGCCGGUUAUCCGCUGGUCUCUGCUUCUCCUCCAGGCCGUCUUCCUGGUCAGCUUCGUCACUUGUAAUGACGCCCCACCGGUACCCGGAGACCAGCUUCAUAUAGAGACCACCUGGGCACCCGAACUCUGUCCGCGGACCGUCACCCAAGGAGACUUCGUCCGAUAUCACUACAACGGAGCCUUCCCCGAUGGCACCAAGUUUGACUCCAGUUAUGACCGCGGGACCACUUACAACGUAUAUGUGGGAAAAAAGCAGAUCAUUGAAGGAAUGGACAAAGCUUUAAUUGGAAUGUGUGUAAACGAGAGACGAUUAGUGAAAAUUCCACCAAGUCUUGCUUAUGGGAGUGAAGGAGUAGCCGGUGUCAUUCCACCAGAUGCCAUUAUACACUUUGAUGUCCUCUUGUUAGAUAUUUGGAAUCCUGAGGACAAAGUCAAAACAGAGACUUACUACAAACCAGAAAAUUGCUCUCGCACAGUACAAGUCUCUGAUUUCAUUCGUUACCAUUACAAUGGGACAAUAUUGGACGGGACACUUUUUGAUUCUAGCCACAACCGCAUGAAGACAUAUGACACCUACAUAGGAAUUGGUUGGCUGAUCCCUGGAAUGGAUACUGGUCUUCUUGGAAUGUGCGUUGGUGAAAGACGGAAAAUCACAGUUCCCCCAUUCCUUGCAUAUGGAGAAGAAGGCGACGGUAAAGAUAUCCCUGCCCAGGCAUCACUUGUGUUUGACGUCGUUUUGCUAGAUUUGCACAAUCCUAAAGAUGGCAUCACAUCAGAGGUCCUGUAUAUGCCAGACAACUGUGAGCGGAAGACACAGGCUAAUGAUUACAUCAGAUACCAUUAUAAUGGAACUCUGUUAGAUGGCACUUUCUUUGACUCCAGUUAUUCUCGAAAUCGCACUUAUAACACAUACAUUGGGAAGGGUUAUGUGAUUUCUGGCAUGGAUGAAGGUUUGCUGGGCCUGUGUGUUGGAGAAAGACGACGGGUAACAAUUCCACCCCAUCUUGCUUAUGGUGAAGAGGGUAGAGGAAAAAUCCCAGGAUCUGCAGUGUUGGUGUUUGAUAUCCUUGUAGUUGAUUUCCACAACCCAAAUGACUCUGUCAGCAUCACAGCACAGUCUAAACCAAGCAACUGUACAGUCCUGAGCAAAAAGGGAGAUUACCUGAAGUAUCACUACAAUGCAACUCUUAUGGACGGGACUGUGCUAGAUUCAACGCACCAGUAUGGCAAAACCUACAACAUAGUAUUGGAAUCUGGCCAAGUUGUAAUGGGAAUGGACAUUGGCCUGAGUGAUAUGUGUGUUGGAGAGAAGCGUACAGUCAUUAUACCUCCACAUUUUGGGUAUGGAGAAGCUGGAGUGGAGGGUGAAGUUCCUGGAAGUGCAGUGCUGGUUUUCGAUAUUGAGCUACUGGAGUUGAUACCAGGUCUACCUGACGGUUACAUGUUUGUGUGGAUUGGAGAGGUGUCAAAGAACCUGUUUGAAGACAUUGAUAAGAACAGUAAUAAGGAGAUACUUCUAGAAGAGUUUGCAGGCUAUAUUAAAGCUCAGGUGGCAGCUGGGAAAGGAAAACUGGCUCCUGGUUUUGAUGCGGACAAGAUUAUUGAGAACAUGUACAGAAAUCAAGACCGGAAUCACGAUGGCAAAAUCACAGAGGCGGAGUUUAAGUUGAAAGAACAGGAAGAUAAAGAGAGACAUGAUGAACUGUAAUGUUUCACCAGAUCUUGUGUCUGUAUGCACUGUGAAAUGUCUUGUGACAGAACACUCAUUUCUUUGGGAAUCUAAAGCAGUUUGUUUAUUGUGAGAACGCAGGCACAAAAGUGAUUUCCAUCCAUCUACCGCCACAUGUGACAAGUUAGAUUACCUUUUUCUUUUUUUUGGUAUUGCGAUUAUGACAUCCAGGCAGCUGACAUUUGCAAUAAGAAAUAGUUCACCAAGGACAGCUUAAUGUUCCUUCAGUAUUGGUUUCCUUUAGCAAUAUUCUAAUAAAGACUUACAAGUAUUAUUUAUAUUAGGAUUUUAUUACAACUACUUUAGUAGUUAAAGCGGUCCUUGCACUCCAAAGCAGUAUUAAAGCAGAAAAAUAGAAAGUGUUUUUAAAAAAGGCCCAUGGGAAUAAAAAGUUAGAACACAAACUUGCCUUAUCCCCAGAUUCUGUACUGCAGGGCGUGACGUCACAAUCCUUCCAGUGGUGCCGGAUGGUCCAAAUGUCGCUCCUGCACUGUGCAUGCAUUCCCUGGGUUCUCUCCUGAAGAAUAGUGAUGUCACACUGGCCUAUGGACAGAAGCCAGGGGUAUGGAAUAUAUACUGUAUUAUUUUUUUAGUGUAGCAUUUUGGAUUGAGGGGGGGGGGGGGGGGGGGGGUUCAGUGGCAGCGGACUUUGCUUUAAACAUGGCAUUGCCAGGAUUCCUGUCAUGACCUGAUUUAUCAACGUUUCAGAGGGAACAAUGGUCACCCUGGUCAGUGUUGUACUAUAGUAACCAAUUUGAUGCUUUCAUUUCAUUAAUAUGACUGGUUGCUUUGAAAAGUAGAACAGUCUAGUCUAGGGUCUGUGUGUAUGACUACCUAUGCAUUUUAGGAUGUUUCAGUGAGGUGAAGUCGCAUUGUAGCAGUGUGCUGAUGUGCACUGCGCCAAAGGCAGCCUUUUCAUUUCAAUGCGCUAAUGUACCAAAGAGGGUGCAUGCACUGCACCACAGCAACAUGUUGUCGCUGUGCAACCAUAUGAGCCCAGCCAAAAGGACCCAAGCAACUGUAUGCUAAUGUGAUUUGUUCUGUUGGUUCAAUUCUCAAGAAGAUCGGCAUGCCUUGGAUCGGUACCUGAGGUUUAUCUUUAUUGGAACCCUCAGUUUGUUAGCUGGGUUUGAAUGUGCUGUGAAUUGUUGCGAUGGAAGAAGAUAGAUUGUCAUAGUGGGGGGAGACUUACUAAAACCGGUGCACUCAUCUGCUGUAGCUGUGCACGGUAGCCAAUCAGCUUCUAAGUUCAGCUUGUUCAAUUAAGCUUUUACUAUAAAACACGGAAGCCGAUUGGUUUCUUUGCAGAGCUGCACGCUUCAGUUUUAGUAAAUAACCCCCAGUGUGUCCAGAUAGUGGAUUCAUUGCUGGCAUUUCAGAUUCUAACUUUUAUUUUAUUUUUUUAAACAUUUUGCCUGAUCCCCACUAAAGUAUUUCUUUCUGUACCUAAAAUGGUUUCUUUAAACCCACUGAAAAGAGGGCAUUUAUUAUAAAACAUUCCUGAUGUGAUGUUAGAUCUUGGAACUUUUCAAUUGUGUAUAUGAAUGUUACUAGCGGAGAAAGGGGGAUCCUGCCUGUCCUACCCCUUCCAUUGAUUUGAGUGAAAUUACAGAGUUCCGAAAAUUGUCCAUUUCUAAAAA